AUGGGAAAUAUGAGAGGCAAUCUUUACUCGAAAGAUCACGAAAAACUUUCUCGACUAGAUGAUAAAUAUUGGGAUUUUACUUGGGACAAAAUGUCCUCCAUAGAUUUGCCAGCAAUGAUAAAUAAAGCUUUGGAAGUUAGUGGACAGUCAAAAUUAUAUUAUGUUGGACACAGUCAAGGAACUUUAAUUAUGUUUGCGCAGUUGUCUAAUAACAAUCGAGAAUUUGUUGAUAAAAUUAGCAGAUUUUAUGCAUUAGCACCUGUUGCCACAAUAAAAUACAUUAAAGGAUUAAUUGAUAUAUCAGGCAAAUUGUUUGGUAUUCAACUUGAAAUUCUGAAUAGACAUUUUGGUUCAAAUGAAUUUCUUCCAAGUAAUUUUAUAACACAACAAAUUGCCCGAACCCUUUGCGGUGCAAAUUGGCAAAAACCAAAUUGUAAAAAUAUUAUGUUUUUAAUUGGCGGGACUGAUAGUAAACAGAUGAAUCAGACUCGUGUAACAGUUUACACAACACAUGCACCUGCAGGAACUUCAACAAGAAAUAUUGCUCAUUGGGCUCAAAUGCAUCAUUCUGGUUUAAUGCAAAAAUUUAAUUACGGGUCAAGAAGGGCAAAUCAAAAACAUUAUGGACAAAUCCACAGAUUUGAGAUUUGGGAUCGCUCUUAUUUAUUAUUUAUUCAGAAUACACCACCAAUCUACAAUUUAACUAAUAUAGCAGAUAUUCCCAUUUAUUUGUAUUAUAGUGAAGCAGAUUGGUUAGCAACUAAAAAAGAUGUUGAGGAAACAAUUCUUCAACAAAUUCCCCAAGAAAAUAUUAAAUUAGCAAAUGAGUUACCCAAUUUUAACCAUUUAGAUUUUAUUUGGGGGCAGGAUGCAGCAGAGGAAAUUUAUGGGAAAAUUAUUAAAGAAAUUAGUGAAGAAGAUUAA